GCGAGGGCUUUAGAACGCCACCGAGCGCUUAACGCAAAGCACACGCGCGUGUUCAACGCAAAAAAAAAAUAUCAAAAAAAAAAAGAAGAGCAAAAACAAAAAGUGGACAACACCAAAAACGGGAAAAAAGAGAAGACGAGGCAACAAAACAGCGGACGAUAAAAGUCGCCAGCGGCCAAAAACGCGCUCAUUGCGUGCGCUGUUUUCGCAACGUUAACGGUAGCGGUAACGGUAAAAUAUCAGCGAUACUGAGAUACAACGGAUAUUGUAGAUACACAGAUACGCAGAUACAAAGAUACACAGGAUGAGGAUGCGACACGCAUUUGCUGGAUUAAUUGUGUGCUGGCUGGCAGUUUGUCAACCACAAGUUGAGGCACAAUUCUUUGGCAAUCCGUACUAUGGACCACAACAGGGCUUCGGACCACAACAACAGGGUUUCGGACAGCGUGGACCACGUCAGGGUUCCGUCUCGAAGGCCAACACCAACUCGUAUGAACGUCAGGUGGACUUUGGCAACAACGUUGAGUAUACGCAGGGUGUCUCCAACUCCCGUGCCGUAACCCGCCAGAACGGACAGCGUGUGGUUGCCGACAGUCAGGCGGCGACCCGCGACUUCGAUCUCGGUGGCCUGCAGUUGGGCAACACGCUAACACGCACACGCACCAAUGCGAAUGGCGCCGUCUCCGGGGGCAUUGCGGAUCAGUUCCGCAUCGGCAACUUGGGUCUGGGCGCAUCGCUCUCCCCCGAUAAUCUGCGUCAGGGCUUUGGGCUGCAGCGUGGCGCCGAUGGCGAUGUGCGUUUGGGUCUCGGACUCUUGAGCCUUGAUCUCGACAACAAUGUGCAGAACAGCAACUCGCUGGGACAGGCGCAGGUCAAUGCUCAGGGACGAGGUUCGCGCGUCCGCUCGAACAGCAACACGAACACGAACACGCAACAGUUUGGCGGCGUGCGUGUGAGCGACACGGUGAGCAACUCGAAUGCCUUUGGACGCACACGCAACGGUCAGACAUCGGCGAAUGCCGGCGGUUUCGGUGGCAAUGCAGCGACUCAAGGUUCAACCUUUGGCGGCUUUGGCGGCUUCCGUCGUCGUCGCACUCCACAACCUCAGCCUCAGCAGCAGCGUGUUGUCUAUCAACGUCAGCGUCUGUCGCGCCCCAAGCGUCGUGCGCAAUUUGUGCCCUUCGGCUAUCCUCAACAGAACUUCGGAGGCUUCGGCGGCGGCGGCUUUGGCGGCUUUGGCGGUCAGUACACGGAGCGUCCACGGCGUCAGUUUGAACGUCCUGGCGGCUUUGGCGGUUUCGGCGGCGGCGGCGGCGGUUUCGGUGGCGAGUUUGGUGGCGGCGGUGGCGGCGGCUUUGGCGGUGGUGGCUUUGGCGGCUUCGAAGGUGGCUACGAGCAGCCCAACUUUAACCAGCAGAAGGGACACAAGAAGCAGCAGCAGCAACACGGACACGUGCAGUCGACGGGCAAUGCCAAUGCCCAGGGCGGACCCGGAUUCAAUCAGCAGGCGGCGAGCAACAAUUUCGCCAAUCAGAAUGCGGAUGGCUCACAGAAUUCGGGCAGCAGCAGCAUUGGCUCCAAUCUGGCUCAGGAUGGCAGCAGCGGUCAGGUGAGCUCGGCGAACACCAAUCAACAGAAUGGCCCCAAUUCGCAGACGAAUGGCGCUCAGUCGCAAGCGCUGAACUUCCGCCCCGGAGAGCAACAGGCGAGCAGCUCGAAUGCCAACACACAGCACACAAUUGUCGGCAAUCGCGAAACAAUUGGCUCGAACAGCGGCUCGACGGCGACCAACAACAAUGCCGCUGGCAGCUCCACGAACACCGCCAACACCGACACACAGGUGGUGCGCGAUGGCAACCAACAGUCGAUCACCUCGGGGGCAAACAGUCAGUCCAUCUUCCAGGGCAACCAGGGACAGGGCAAUUCAGCCGCCAACACCGCAGCGAACAUUAGUUCGCAGCGCGGUCCCAACGGCUCCGUGACGAACUCCGCUAGCAGCAGUGCCACCGCAACGGCCACGAAUGGUCAGUCGGCGAAUGCCGAUGCCAAUGCAAAUGCCGGCGGACAGGGCAAUGGAGCUGGCGCCAAUGCGGGCGCCAAUGGCGGACAGUUCGGUGGACAGUUCGGUGGUGGCGCCAAUUCCAACUCCAAUGUCUUUGGCGGAUUCGGUGGGUUCGGUGGUGUGCGCUAUCGAAUGCAGCAACAGGUGCAUCUGCAGCGCUGGCGUCCCAGAUCCUCGAACCUCAGCGCCGACUUGGAGGAGCUGCACUUCAAUCGAACGUCGCGACUGGAGGAUUUGCAGCCGCGUGUCAAUACCUCAAUCGAGUCAUUCGGUGAAUUUGAUGCCGGACAGCGACAGGGGAGAACGAUUAGCCUGAUCACCGACUGGAUCAGCAGCCUGUUCAGCUCCUGCGUCUCACCGUGCACACUCGAAGCGUAUCAGGACAAUAAAUGCUGUGAAACCUUCGUGGUUGGACCUCCGCCCAACGCCUGCUGUGGCGGUGGCGGUGUUGGAGUUGGUGUUGGUGUUGCUGUUGGUCCACCCGGUCCUCCUGGUCCACCUGGACCACCUGGACCACCUGGACCAGCACCGCUCCCUCCUCCCCCUCCACCGCCACCUCCGCCGCCGCCAGCUCGCUAUCCGCCACCAUAUCCGCUGCCGGGUCCAAUGCUGCCCCCCAAAAAUACCCCGAUUAUGAUGAUCGCAGUGCCCAUUAACUGCUGCACCGUCUGCACCUACACCUACUAUGGUCCGCCUCCCUGUGGUCGCUUCAACACCAACUACAAUAGCAACAACAACAGCAACAACAACAAGCGGGUCACCGUCUACAUUCCGCCACCUUACUACGGCCGUUAA